CGCGAAACCCGCGUCCUCUCCUCCACCUCCUCGCUAUUUGACUUUCUCUGGCGGCUAACCGCCCGCCUAGCGCGGGUGUUAUUUGCCUCGCCGAGCGCCCGAAGAGCACUCCUUGAGCGCAUUAGGGCCUUGGCCCCGGGGCAGCAGCGGACCGGCGCCCAGCGCAUCCAUACGGCGGUAUUCCUUUCAAACACAGGUUUCAGCACUCAGCCAAAAGUACUAUCUUGAAAUGCAAAACAUGUUGACAGAAUGGACAUCUCUAUGGCUGCUUUUAUUAGGAUGUUGUUGCGGAGGAAAUAUCCCUACAUUGCCAAGGCCCAAGGUGUACGGACACAUGUUGCCAAAACAUAGCUUGGAUACACGGUACAGACCAGUGAUGAAAAGAAUCGUCUUGUAUCACAAUUUUUUUCGCACCCGAGUUGAUCCACCAGCCAGCGACAUGCUCGAAAUGACGUGGCACAAAGGAGCUGCUAGGGAUGCACAGCGCUGGGCGGAGAGUUGUCAACUUCUUGUCCAUGACAACAGCUCGGGACGCUGGGUUGAAGAUUAUGGAUCCUGUGGACAAAAUAUCUUCGUGUCGAAUGUGAAAGUGCCAUGGUUUUUCGCCAUCAAGAUAUGGUUUCUGGAACAUCACAACUUCUCUUUUGGAGACACAGGAAAUAACGUUCCUUCCGUGGUCGGCCACUACACUCAGAUGGUGUGGUACAGUUCGCACAAAGUAGGAUGCGGCCUUCAUUACUGCGGUCGCAACGUUGUCAAGAAGCCGUUCUACAACUAUGUGUGCAAUUACUGUCCCAUUGGCAACUAUCCUGAACGCUUUGGAAAGCCGUACACAAAAGGUAAACCCUGCAGCAAGUGCCCAGGCCACUGCCGCUCCAAGAAAUUGUGCACAAAUGCGUGUGAACACGCCGACUUCUGGGUUAACUGCCGCGAAAUCGCCAAGCACUGGCACAAGUGGCUGUGCGGAAACCCUGCCAAGGAGCAGUACAAGGCCUGCAGGGCGACGUGUUCCUGCAAGGAGCGCAUCAAGUGACCUGCAUGACGCGGAUUACCGAAGGCUUCGAGGCGUUUCACGACACGGAUACGCUCGGCACCCUUCGGCUGAAGACCAAAAAGCUACUGUCAAUGCGACGGGGCAUGGUGGCACAGACUGUACUCCAGUAAUGGACAGCCUUUUGCGCCAUCGGCGCGAAUCGAUCUGCACCCCUUCAACCGCGCGGCAUUAUCAGAUAGCACGUGCGAAUAUGCGCGAUAAUUCUUUUUCUAGGGAAAAUUGGAGGGGCAUGCUAAUUGUAACGAGAAGGAAACAAAUCAGUAUUUCUAGUCACAAAGCUAGAGGUAGCGUUUUGAGUAAGCAAAAGCAUCUAGGUAUACAUAGCGUACGCCAAAACAGAGUAAUCAUUCAAAUACGCAGACCAACAUCUUGGUGGCAAUAUAAUAAAGUGUAAUUGUGUGCAGUAAGCUAUGCUAUUAAUUGUAUUUGAAUUGUUCACCUACUCACUCAUGCUCUGUUUCGUGCAACGUUGUGAAUACGUGGCGUCCUACCUGGCAGUGAAAACAAAGGAGCGUCUCUUUUGCACGCCCACCGAAUGCCUAGGGUCCCCCUCUCCUUCCCCCGAUUUUCUUUUUUUCUUUCUUUCUUUCUUUCUUUCUUCCUUUCUUUCUUUUACUCGCAAUUACGUGAAAUUUAUUUACAAUUUUCUCUUAAGCUACCGCAUUAUACCCUUCAUUCGUGCUACGACACUUUCUUUCAGUGCCGCUUAUAGCUGGACCCCACGAGCAGAUGAAUGGGGUCAUUAUACUACGAGGGUAUAUAUUUAGCUGAAAGGGAACAAUUAAACCGCGCCUUAUCAGAGACACCCGGCGGUCGAUGGCCGGUUCGGACGCUCGAUUGUGCGCCGAAGCAUCGAACACGUCAGCAUACUCCGGCUCCAUCAGGAAUGCGGCCACCGAGCGCGGCAGGGGCAUUUAAUGCGCGGCUUGAGCUUGAGUCGUAGAGCGCUUCGACUUAGCAUCAGUACACCGCGCACAGCCAGCGCAGGUGGGUCAUUAAGGGAAAUUUUGUUUGCAACGCUUCACGCAGACCCCAAGAGAGUUCCGCGCGUUGUGCUGACACGGAACUGUAGUACAGUAUAUGAACUGGGGAGCUAGGGCCGGGUACGACGGUGCUCGCCGUGCAAGAAAAUAUGCCUGUGUGCGCGUGUUCCGGCAUUGGAACCUGUUCGCGCUCCACUGCCGGGCGGACUGGGUUAACGCUGCUCUUCAGGGGAAGCCGCACGCGAUAAUUGCCCCCCUUCGAAACAGCCGCGCCGACUGCCGACCACCCACGAUUUGUGCCUGAGUACGCCCACAUUUCCUCAGAUGGCGCCACCCGUGCGAUGUGAGCUGCACGAAGUCUGCGCUUGUUUUCCGUUUUUGACUUAACCCUCCACCUCCAUACCCUCCCCCCACCCCCUUUCUUUCCUUCCCCAACACUUCUUGCCUCAACGCGGCCCCGUGCACCAGAGCGCAUCAACAAACACGCCACUUACGAGGUCGUGCCUUUUUUUUUUUUUUUUUUUUUAUUGUAACUUUUUAAAAAAAUUAAAAAAUGGAGGUCCGAUGCGAAGUCUUUUGUUCUUCCUUCUCACUUUCAGUGCAUUUUGUUGUUUAUUCCUUAAGCUUUUUAAAUUCCGUUUUCUUUUCGUAGGACGUACCGGGCUUUCGCCAUAAUGACUACAAUUAGGGUUACCAAUUACCUCGUUAGUUUUGCUUUCUUUUUUCUUUCAUUUGCCUUUGUGUUUAUGGAAUGAGAAAUAGCUGAAGUUCUUUGCCGUGGCGUCAUUGUGUUGUACCGUACAAUUGGGACGUUUCGGGUCGGUCGCUUUAGGACUAGGAAGCAAUUUUAAAUCGGCAAUUUCAGUGUUGCAGACGCCGUGUAGU